ACUGUAAAACCCUCCUUUUCAAAAUUCCUUUGGCGUCACAAGUUACAAAUAUUCUCUCAAAUUUUCAAUCAAGCAACAACAGAGCAAGAGCUUAGGAUCCAAAACUCCAGGGGGGAAGAUGGCGUCCUCGUCCAGCAGCGGCCUCACCUUCAAGCUCCACCCACUCGUCAUUGUCAACAUCUCCGAUCACUAUACUAGGGUCAAGUCCCAGUCCCUUCCGCCUCACGCCGGCGCAGAUGCCUCCUCGUUCCCUCCUGCUCCACCACCUCGCGUCUUCGGAUGCGUCAUCGGCGUUCAGCGUGGCCGCACCGUUGAGAUCUUCAACAGUUUUGAGCUUCUCUACGACCCCUCCACUCACUCCCUCGACCGCGCUUUUCUCGAGAAGAAGCAAGAGCUUUAUAAGAAGGUUUUUCCGAAUUUUUAUAUCCUCGGAUGGUACUCAACGGGGAGUGACGCGCAAGAGUCCGAUAUGGUUAUUCACAAAGCUUUGAUGGACAUCAACGAGAGCCCGCUUUAUGUUCUUCUCAAUCCUUCAAUUAAUCCUGCGCAGAAAGAUCUGCCUAUUACAAUUUAUGAAAGUGAGUUACAUGUUAUUGAUGGCAUCCCCCAGCUUAUUUUUGUUCGGUCAAGCUACACCAUAGAGACAGUGGAAGCUGAACGAAUAUCAGUUGAUCAUGUCGCUCAUCUUAAACCAUCUGAUGGGGGUUCAGCUGCCACUCAAUUGGCUGCUCAUCUUACUGGCAUACAUAGUGCCAUCAAGAUGUUGAAUAGCAGAAUCAGAGUGCUUCAUCACUAUCUUCUGGCCAUGCAGAAAGGGGAUAUUCCCUGUGAGAAUUCAUUGCUAAGGCAAGUAUCUAGUCUUCUGAGAAGAUUACCAGCCAUUGAGUCUGAAAAAUUUCAAGAUGAUUUCUUGAUGGAAUAUAAUGAUACUCUAUUGAUAACAUAUCUUGCCAUGUUCACCAACUGCACAAGUACAAUGAAUGAGCUGGUCGACAAAUUCAAUACUGCUUAUGACAGGCAUAGUCGAAGGGGUGGCCGAACUGCUUUUAUCUAAAAGCUUGUUUAUUUUCUUCUCCCCUGUUUUUCUCUCAAGAAGGCAGCUUAUAAAAUCUGGGAAUAUGUUUGGAGCAGACCCGCGGUCAUCAACAGAAUUCCUUAACUUGGUAUGCUUGCAGUUGUGUAGUUUGCUCGUCAGUUCUUUUUUCUCUUUUGUAAAAUUUGAGGACAAUUGGAGAGAUAGGACAGUGAAUUGGUGCACAGGUCAAUAGACGUUUGAGGCGGAGUACUUUGUCUAGUUUAGGCUUGCGAAACUGUGAUAAGCUUGUCAAAGCAUUUCAAAUUGAAAAUUCUUGCUAAUUCCGAAAUGAUUACACUCAAUCACAUGCUGACAAAUAUAACAAAUAAUUAU